GUAGUUUUCAAUCGUUUAUAUGACGUAAUAUAAUGUAAUUUUGAGUCGUUAAUUUCUUAACACAUACGAAAAUGUACAGCAAAGUCGUCACAUUAUUCUUGGUUGUUCUCUGCUGUUUUCUGUCAUGGCAUCAAGCAUCAGCCAAAAUAGGGCCACAAUGUCUUUUACCAUUGGAUGCUGGCGUAUGCAAAUCUAUUCUACCGAGAUACGGAUAUAAUCCAGAGACGAAUCAGUGUGAAUUAUUUAUGUAUGGAGGUUGCGAGGGUAAUGAGAACAAUUUCGAAACUAUGGAGAAAUGCCAUGAAAUAUGUUCGUAAAUAUCAAACAGACGGAUGGAACAUAUAUUAUUCGGAUGGAUUAUGUAUUAUUAAAGAUGGUCAAAUUGUAUAUACAAUGGCUCGUAGAAGCGUUUGAACAAAUCCAACAAACGUAAUCAACGCAGCAACAAUGAAAUCAUAUACACAGUUAUACAUAAAAGAAAAUUAAUUGUUUUCGAACAUCUUAUAAAAAAAUUGGACAAACCGUUCCUAUUUACCAAUUAUAAAUAAAAAAGAUUAAAAACAACUUUGACAAUUAGAGACGAUGAUAGUCUCAGUUUUGAUAUGGGAGAAAAAUGAUUGUAUCUAAAAUAAUACACUGAUUAUUACUCACUAUUAUCACAACA